AUGCUAGAUGGCUCGUCAUCGCCCACAGCCAACGAGAUGUCCAGCUUCGCAGGGAAGGAUCUCAUAGUGGCUCCUACCAGGCGUUCUUCCACCUAUCCAUCCUAUCCUCCACAAAAACGGCGCCGCGGAUCUGCCAGUUCUGUUCUAUGUCAAGCCACCGGUGAUGACUGCUUUUUCGGAGAUUCCCAUCCUUCCGUUUCGGCCACAUGCUGUGAACCGCAUUCAGACACUUCCCAAGUUGUGGACAGUGAACAAUUCCUUGUGCAACAAUCUAAUGACCCUGUGAUGGUCAACCAGAACACAGCAUUUGCAAAAGGUGUGGAUAUAAACGACAAUAUUGGUUGCAAAGCAUCUUCAAAACGAAAUCAGCCUCCGCAAUGCACUACUAAUGAGUCUGAGGCUGGUUUGUCCCGCUCAACCAAUGAUCUUCCGACAACAAUUUUAUCCCGGACAGCUAAUGCCAGUGAGAAUCCAACGGGUAUGAGUUCGAAUAAUGUAUCCCUUCUCAUUCCUCCUUUGGGCUUAGCAGCACAUUCAUCUGCAGGCGAACUUCCUGGAUUUAGAAAUGCUAUCCUAUCCGUGUCUUUGUUUGUUGUCAACAUGGACUACUUCACAGCUCAAUUUUCUCCUGACCCAAUCGUGCAACGGAUUGAGUCCAACACAACCGGCGGUGCGUUCGUCGAACGAUACCAGAUCACAAUUUCAGACGUAUCCACGCAACCGGGUGCCUCAAUCGAGCCGUCAGCUACUGAACCGUCCGGGCUUUCAUCAAAACAACCAACUCCGUCGAUGGAACUAGCAUUUACGGCUGCACGAACAUCGGUCGAUCCAGUGAUGUCAAAUUCUCUGGCCAAAAGCACAGAUCCCGGUUAUAUAUCUGCGGAUUCAGGUGGUGUGGGUUCAAAAGGUCGAGUUGGAAAGGUGUAUGAACGUCCUAGCACGGACGAAGUGGUACGAGUCGCUAAAAGUUUAGAUAAUUUGGACACCGAAGUGCUUCGGGCUCGAGUAAAAGAAGUUCUCCGUCAGAAUGGUGUAUCACAACGUCUAUUUGGCGAAGUCAUUCUAGGCAUGUGUCAAGCCUCUGUGAGUGAUAUGUUAUCAAAGCCUCGUGCCUGGUCCCAGCUCACGGAAAAGGCUCGUCUGCCGUAUGUGCGUAUGCACAUUUGGCUCAAUCAACCCGACCGGAUGGACGCACUGCGUGGUGGCGUAGCCCCGACCGGAAACACAACCAAAUGUGGCGCCCGGGGACAGCUACGGUCUGUUGAUGCCAACUCGGAGGAAGAUGUGCCCGUUAUGAAGUGCACCAACUCACCGAUUAAAGUGGAGCAUGAAUCGCUUGAAAAUGAACCCUCCGAGUGUACACCACUAAAAUUAAGGAGAAUGGAAUCAACGGAGCCCGGUGCGUUAUCUCAUACGGAUUCGAGUUUGUCCGAAUCACUUCGUCCCAUUCCUGUCACAACCGGGAAAACUGCACCUCCCGAUGCCUCCGGUGUCGUAACUCAUACAGGAUCUGAGCCGACUCUGACAAUUCCUAGUACUGGCUGGCUAGCUCCACCGUUGGAAAAUGGCACAAACGGAUCUGACAAUGAACGUGAUGCGAUUGGUACAGAUACCUCGACGAAACAAUCAGCUGGACGAAAUCGUGUGGUUUUUACUCCAGCUCAAAAAGAAACCUUGUUGAUUGAAUUCACACGUCAGCCCUAUCCGACUUCGAACAGUUUACGUGCACUGGCUCAGCAGUUGAAUUUACCUUACAAACCAGUAGUCAACUGGUUUCACAAUCGUCGUAUGCGUAGUCGCCAGUCUUCCGGACCCAUGUUGACUAAGAUAGAUAAGUCCACCUCAGAUAUUAUCCACGAUUUGGUAUCCGAUGUGACCCAUCGGGAAUUGCCGGCACUGGAAUGUAGCGAAUACUUCAGCAAUGUGGGCGAUCAAAAACGCACUUACGACCUUCAUUUUGAUGCGUGCACAUCCAUGGGUGCAGCUGGUGCUCAAGCCAAUCGUCGCAAGCGCCGUGAUCCAGCACGAUUGGUUUCGCGCACCGGCUCCGUUACCGUUUCAAAUCAAUCAGAUCUCAUUGACCCUGUAUAA